AUGGAUAUUGAAGAUAGAUCACGCCGCAAUAAUAUUCGUUUGAGAGGUGUGACAGAAGAGGUGAGUGGUCAGGAACUGGUAACUUACGUUACUGAGAUGCUUCAAGCAUUACUGCCAGAAAUACCGACUGAGAAGCUGUUAUUAGACCGAAUACAUAGAGUACCAAAACCACAACAAUUACCUGACUCUACUCCGAGAGACAUCAUUAUGAGGCUGCAUUUCUUUCAUAUUAAGGAACAGAUCCUCUGGGCCAACAGGAACAAUAAAGGAAUCCCAGAAAAAUUCAAGGAAGUUCUUAUGUUUAUGGACUUAUUGGCUGAAACUUUAAGACGGCAAAGAUUAUACAAAGGCACGGUAGACCAGCUUCGACAUAAUAGUAUUCCUUACCGCUGGGGGUAUCCUGCUAAAUUGAUCAUUAGAAAAGAAGGAGAAAUCACUACAAUAACUACCCCGGCAGAAGGGCUAGAGGUGUUACGGAAAUGGGAUAUCCCUUUAAGUGGAAUAGAUACUACUUCGUUAAGCAAGCAGCCUCAUGAAGACGGCCGGUCACUUAGAUCUAAGAAAGUCUUCCCGAAAGAAGACUAA